GUUGCGGGAGGCGGAGGGUUAAGCAUGAGGAAUGCGGGAGAGUGGAAUGUGCAUGCAGAUGAGACGGAUGCUAAUCUCAUGCUAAUGAGUCUCUGGCUGGGAACAGGCCGAGGUUAUUGGCUUCCCCGGAUCCUAACCCAGACGGCUCCUUGCGAUCUCCAGCCCGGGAGCCCUGCAGCCCAGACCCCACGCUUCAUGCUGCCGGACACACAGCACGACAUGCUGACUGGCGAGCCCGUGGAAUCCGUGCCUACGGUGCGAGCCCUUAGAUAAAGCCUGGGGAGUUUGCGCUGUUGGAAGGGUGGGCUUUCCUGCUUUUAUUCCCUCCAUAAGGACAUCGCUAGCUCCCCUCCCAGCCCUGUUGUGGACUUAUGGAGGAGCCUGAUCAUGCCUAGGAACGGCAAUGGGCAGCUGCCUUUACCGGAUGGCUGGGAAGAAGCGACGGAUUACGACGGCAAAGUCUUUUAUAUCGAUCACAACACGAGACAGACCAGUUGGAUUGACCCAAGGGACAGGCUAACGAAACCUUUGUCAUUUGCUGACUGUGUCGGCAAUGAGUUGCCAUGGGGCUGGGAGUCUGCCUAUGAUCCUCAGAUUGGAGUCUUCUUUAUUAACCAUAUUAAUCAAACCACACAGAUAGAAGAUCCACGGAAGUUAUGGAGGAGCGAGCAAGAACGGAUGCUGAAGGAUUACCUCAUGGUGGCUCAGGAUGCUCUAAGCACACAGAAGGAACUCUACCACAUCAAAGAGCAAAGGCUGGCACUUGCCCUGGAUGAGUAUGUGCGCCUCAAUGAUGCCUAUAAAGAGAAAUCCAGUUCACGCACAAGCUUGUUCUCAGGCUCUUCCUCAAGUACAAAAUAUGACCCUGACAUCCUUAAGGCAGAAAUAUCCACCACAAAAGUGAGGGUUAAAAAGCUGAAGAGGGAACUGUCGCAAAUGAAACAAGAACUACUUUACAAGGAGCAAGGGUUUGAAACGUUGCAGCGCAUUGACCAAAAAAUGUCAGGUGGCCAGAGUGGCUAUGAGCUAAGCGAGGCAAAGGACAUCUUAUCAGAACUGAAAUCCAUAAGAAAAGCCAUCAGCACUGGGGAAAAGGAAAAACAAGACUUAAUGCAGAGCCUUGUUAAACUCAAGGAGCGUUUCCAUCUUGAGGAAACCAGGGGCAGGUCCGAACCAGACUUGAGGUCCAAUCUCACAAACUCGCAUUUGUCUCUGUCAAGACAAACUCUGGAUGCAGGAUCUCAAACAGAUAUUUCGGGUGAUAUUGGAGCGAGGAGUAGGUCAAACCUGGCAGAAAAGGUCAGAUUAAGCCUGCAAUAUGAAGAAGCUAAAAGAAGCAUGGCCAAUCUGAAGAUAGAACUUGCAAAGCUGAACAGCGAGGCCUGGCCCGGGGCUCUGGAUGUAGAAAAAGAGAAGCUAAUGCUGAUCAACGAGAAGGAAGAACUUCUGAAAGAACUUCAGUUUGUAAGUACCCGAAGGCGCACUCAGGAUGAGAUGGAACAUCUGGAGGCGGAAAGGAGGCGGCUGGAAGAGGAACUCCUCUCAGUGAAAAGCUCUCCUAGCAAAGCACUUGCUGAGCGGUUAAAAAUCCAGGAGAAGAAGAAAGAGCUGGUAAAGAAACUGGAAGAAGUGACAAAAUCUGCCACCUAUUUGCAUUCUCAACUGAAAAGCCUCUCGGCCAGCACGUUAUCAGUGUCUUCUGGAAGCAGUAUUGGCUCCUUAGCCUCAAGUCGCGGCUCUCUGAAUACAUCAAGUCGCGGAUCACUCAAUUCCCUGAGUUCUACUGAAUUGUAUUACAAUCAAAAUGAACUGGCAGCAGACUUGGACUAUCAGUACAAACUGGACUUUCUCCUACAGGAGAAAAGUGGGUACAUUCCCUCUGGGCCCAUCACCACCAUACAUGAAAAUGAAGUGGUCCAUUGUCACGAGAGGAUAGACUACACCAACUGCCCAACUUCCCAGCAGGACACGCAAGAUGCCAAACCUCCUAAAUCUGUGACAUCACUUUCUUCUCUUUCUUCCCUGUCAUCACUUUCCCCACCAGGCUCUCCCCCAGUUUUGGAAGGGGUGUUCUCCUUAUGUACUCAGGACUCUCUUAGGACAGGUUUUGAGAUCUCAGAGCUUCCUGAGUCCUUUGCAGAUAUGAACUUACAUGAGAAUCUGCAACUGAUGGAAUCUGUUUCUGAAGAUUCUCAAGCCUUGGCAGAGAGGAAGACUACAGGGGAAGGCUUGAGGCACCAGUCUUCAGUAACGCAAGAACGAAGGACAGAUGUUGAGUUCCCAAGGAAGAACCCUGACCGUGUCCAGGAGGAAAAAGCUACGUGUGUAUCUGCAGCCGUAUCAGACGAGUCAGUGGCUGGCGACAGUGGUGUAUAUGAACCAUCCGUAAAACCUCCUUGUGAGGAUCCAGUGUUUAAUGAUGAUUAUUCUAUUCUGGGAGCAGCUCAAGCUCAGUUAAUCCUUAGAUAUGAUUCAGGAAAUUCCAGCUUUGUGAUUAUAAUUGUCAAGGCACGGAACAAUCUCUCCUAUGUCCAGUUUGGUUCCAGAAUAUAUUUCCGAGUCGCUGUCCUUCCGUCCUCGAAUGAUACCAGCUGCCUCUUCCGGACCAAAGUCUACCCUGCGACUGAGUCUGUCUUAUUUAAUGAGCUGUUCCGAGUAUCCAUUUCACAGACUGCCUUGCAGCAAAAAACCCUGAGAGUGGACGUGUGCUCUGUUGGCAGAACACAUCGAGAAGAUUGCCUGGCUGGAAUGCAGAUCAGCUUGGCAGACUUCUCCUUUUCUAAUGAUGUCCAUACUCAGUGGUAUACCUUGCUGCCUUCCAGAACCAUUCCUCUUCAUAAGGAGCAGCUUGAGAAAUCCAUAUUGAAUGCAAGCAAUGACCUCCCAGCAGCUUUGGAUCUGGAUGCAGUGUCCGCAUUGCUGGAAAGGACAUCUGCAGAGCUCGAAGCAGUGGAGCAAGAACUGGCCCAAGAAGAAGAUGACAAUCAGGAACAGUUAUGUCCUGGUGAUGAUUGGCCAGAGGUGGCACCAGAAGAUUCGUUUGGCACCCUGGAGGAACAUGAGGAGGCAGGCCUGCUGCUGAGUGGUGAAUACUACGCCGUGCCUUUGCAGUUGUCCUCUGACACGGCAGAGAUAUCCCAAGAGCUUUAUGAAGAAGCAAGUAACUGGGACUCUGCGAUUUCUUCUCUCCCUCAAGCUGAGCCUCCAACUCUGGUGGACAAGGAAACUAAUACGGAAGAAGCACUUCGGGAAAAUCUUUCAGUCCGACCAAAAGAGAGAGCUAACCUUGGAUCCAGGCAACGGCCGUUUGUUCGAAACAGCAUGAUUGUUCGCUCUCAGACCUUUUCCCCGGGAGAGAAGAACCAAUAUAUAUGUAGGCUGAAUCGAAGUGACAGUGACAGCUCUACCCUCGCCAAAAAGUCUCCAUUCAUUAGGAAUGCCAACGAGAGACGGAGUUUGAGAGUGAAGCGGCCCAUCUGCCAGCCGAUGACCAGAAGAACUAUGCACGAAUGCCGUGAGAGGACCUCUCUAGACUUGGAGCUGGAUCUUCAAGCAUCACUUACCAGGCAGAGUCGGCUCAAUGACGAGCUUCAGUCUCUACGAGACCUAAAGCAGAGGCUAGAGGAGAUGAAGGCCAGAGGAGAGACAGAGUUGCCGCCAUGUGUACUGGAAGAUGAGCGUUUCCAAAGGCUCUUGAAACUGGCUGAAAAACAGGCUGAACAGUCAAAAGAGGAACAAAAGCAAGGUCUGAAUGCUGAAAAAUUGAUGAGAAAAGCCUCAAAAGAUGUUUGCAGGCUCAGAGAACAGAGCCAGAAGGUGCCUCUUCAAGUUCAGUCAUUCAGGGAGAAGAUUGCUUACUUCACAAGAGCAAAGAUCAGCAUACCAUCCCUGUCAGCCGAUGAUGUAUAGUCAUAUUCUAUUUUUUUUUAUAGCUGUAUUUUUCCAAACCUCCAUCUUUUUUAGAUUAACUUUUUUUUUUUUUUGUAGCCUAGCUAUAUCUGCUUUUAUGGGAAAAAAAAUAUUUUUUGUACUCUAGCCAAUCGAUUUGUAAAUUACUGAAUUAAUAUACAUAUAAGAAAAAAUACCAAAAUGUAAAAGAAAAAAAAAUAUGCAACCAAAGUAGACUAAUUUGGUACACUCAUGGUAAUUUUGUACAGUUUAUAUGUGUUAUAAACCUGUAUUCCUAAUGUUUUGUAAAAGAAACAUUGGGUGUUUGGAGUAAGUGUCGCUGCGCUCGCAGAUACAACAUAUAGCAAUCGAUUUCGCUCUUUUUUUUCUUCAUGUAAGCUGACUGUGAAAAUGGCAAACCAGAUAGAUAUAUAUAUAUAUAUAUAUAUAUAUAUAUAUAUAUAUAUAUAUAUAUAUAUAUUUGUGUGUAUGUAUAAAUAUUAUUUUUUUUGCGCCAGAGACUGACUUGUUAAAGUCAAAACCUUUCUCCAAAACUAAAAGGCUGCCUCAUGAACCAGUUGCCUGUGUUGUUGUUAAGAAGAGUUCCAUUUGAUUGUAGUCGUAUAGCUGCCUUACCAUUGCGAUUAUAGUGAAGUAUCAAGUCACCCUUGAACUAAAGGAAAAGCAUUACCAAAAAAAUGCAGUCAACCGAGCUGAGUUGAACUAAUAUAAUGACUAAUGUAAAUAUAGGAGCAUAAACCCUGAACUGCCUUAAAUAUAUAUUUAUUUUUACACAAGGACCAUUUCCCCUCCUCCCUUUUGGCUGAAAUGAUGGACUCUGGGACUUCAAUUCUCAGAAUCCAUUACUGACUCAAGCAACAAGGUAAGGUUUGAAGAAAGGUGACCAUACACAGACCAAUAAAAAAAAAGUUGGCAGCUUAUUGCCACAUGUAUGGGACCCACCAGCUCGGCUGCCCCAGAGAUAUCUGGCCAAAAAUUGCCCACAUAUUAAUCGGCCAGGUUUGACGGACCGCCAUAGGCCCCACUGUAUGAGACGGUUAUUGGCCAACAUUUGCAUCAACCCAAUCCCAAAAUUGCUCCCAGCUCAUUUGGAAAAUUCUCUAAACAAGCAGAUCUGACAGUGAAUUACCAGCUUGACUCUGCCAGCCUAAGGAGGUUGGGUAAGUGGUACUUAAGAGUCAACAGCAGACCACCAUGCACCAUUCCUUUCAUUCAUCAUACAUGUUCAGACUAUGUUUAUGCACCUUUUCUUCCUAAGCCUAACUCAAUGGGCUCAUGUCAUAAAAGGGAAGGACGUUUAUCCAUUAAACAAAUAAUUCACCAUUACUGAUCAGCAGGUGGUACAACAUGCUUAUAUUAUUAGUCUACGUUUUUCUUUAUAUCUUGGAAUAUUAAAAAAAAAUAUGCAGAAGUGCUUAGAAUAGAAUUCUGAUCAAUGUUAAAGUCAUUCAUUUUGCUGGUUAUCAUUUCCUCUAACUAGCAACAUGACAUUAUUACAAGUUUAGUUGUAGCCAUUGAAAGGACCUGAUAAAAUCAUCCAGCAUGAAAUACACCAUGUUCAUUAGCAUGGUUCACUCAUAGAUCAGUAAGGGAUUAUUCUGCACAAGAGGCUUCUUUAUUUUGUAUUGGUUGUUGGGUGGGAAAUAUAUUCCUACUUCCUUAAAGUGCCUUGUUUUGUCUUCCCCAUACUGGCCACUAAAUUAUUAUUAUUAAUAUUAUUAUUAAAAUGGGAAACAACAAAAUUAUUUAGUUUUUUUUUGGGGGGGGGUUAUUUUUGGUAUUGCUUUCCCUUUACACUUGCAAAAAGCCAGCUGAUAUCUGCAUCACUCACAAAGUUCUGUGUGUGUAUUAUGCAGAAAGCUUUUGCUGUUAGUAGGGCGUAACAUACACUGUAGCCAUUGUGACUCAACAGAGCUAGCAUUUUGUCUAAACUUCAGCCCUCCAGCUGUCUCAGAUAAACUCUCCUAUCAGUAGUCUUUCAGCCAAUGGAUGCCUGAUGAUUGUGGGAGUUUUAGUGCUAGAACAGCUGAAGGCCAAAAGCUGGGAAUCUCUAAAGCUCUACUUUUUUGUUAGUGGUGAGACAACAGUGUGCCUGGUACCGGUUACUUAACUUGGAUACAAAUCUAUUUCCAGAUUUAGACUCUGAAAACAAUUAAACCAAUAAAAAGAUAAACAGGUUGGACUGAGGGGAUGGACAUGAGGACGGAGGAGGUUCCUUCUGAAAUAAACCUUUGUGAGCCAGGUUGUGGUUAGAAUAGAAGAGGUAGGAAAGCAAUUCUGUUUGGACAUUCCACAUCUUUUAAAAGGGUUGUUUACCUUUGAGUUAACUUUUAGUAUGAUAGAUAGAGGGUGAUAGUCUGAGUCAAU